UUGAGCAUGAUAUCAAAUAAGAAGUCUGCUGUUCCCAAACGUAACAAUAGAGAACAGACAGGUAAUAGUACGCAAUUCACAUAAAGGUAUGUACAUAUGUACAUAUAUGCAGAGAGUUGAUUUGAGCCAAGUGAAUAGUUUGACUCGAAAUCGUAAUUUGGAGAAUUACUACGAGUAAAAAUAUCUGUAAAUUUGCUUCGUUGAGGUAAAGUAGMAUUAUAGUUUAUUGGCGCUGGUUGCUUUGAUUGUGUGGAUAAAAUUGGACAACUGUUUGUUUUUAAGUUGUGAAAAUGGCAGAUUUUGAAAUAAGUCAUGAGGCGAAAAUCAUCGAUGGAAAGGCUAUUGCCGAUAAAAUUAAGAAUGAGCUCAAGGAAAAGAUUUCGGAUUAUAUAGCACAGGGAAAUCGUGCACCAAGGCUAACCGCUAUUUUAAUUGGCACGGAUCCAGCUAGCCAGACAUAUGUAAAAAAUAAGAUGCUUGCUGCUAAAACCGUUGGUAUAAUUAGCAACACCAUCGAUUUGGCCGAUACCACUAGCCAGGAGGAGGUUUUACAGUACAUUAGGAAGUUAAAUGGAGAUACAACUGUUGAUGGUAUUCUAGUUCAGUUACCUGUACCGGAUCACAUUGAUGAACAUACCAUUUGUAAUGCUAUAGCGCCGUCGAAGGACGUUGAUGGUUUUAACGAGAUAAAUGUCGGCCGCUUAGCACUCGAUAUGAAGAGCAUUGUACCAGCAACACCUUUGGGAGUGUAUGAGUUGUUACGACGUACCGAAAUACCCACAUUUGGCAAGAAUGUAGUGGUAAUUGGACGUUCCAAGAAUGUAGGCAUGCCAACAGCGAUGCUGUUACAUACAGAUGGUCGACAUGUAUCGAAGGGUAUGGAUGCCACAGUAACCAUAUGUCAUCGCAAUACGCCACCUGAGCAACUUAAAAAACAUUGUCAGAAUGCUGAUAUAAUUAUUACCGCUGUUGGCAAGCCGGGACUUGUGCGCCGUGAUAUGGUUAAGGCUGGUGCGUGCGUUAUAGAUAUUGGAAUAACACGCAUACCCGGAACAGAGCCAGGUAAAACCAAGCUUGUCGGUGACGUCGAUUUUGAUGAGGUGCGUAAAGUAGCUGGCCACAUAACGCCGGUGCCAGGCGGAGUUGGACCGAUGACAGUUGCGAUGUUAAUGAGCAAUACAUUCAUGGUAGCACAGACGCUCGCUAAGACGAAACUUUCAACUGGUUUCGGCAGCGAUUAGACUCUUCGCAGUAGACAAUUUAUUUAAAAAUAUAGGUUUACUACUAAAGUAUUUUUUUAAUUUACUAUCAUCUUAUGAAUAUGUU